AUGGUGUUGAGCGCGAAGAAGACGAUUCAACAUGUACCCAGCAAGGGUAAGAUGUCCAUCAGGAAAAUUCAAAACUUCACCGUACAAAAAAGACAGUCAGUUAUAAAAGCAGUGUAUGGUGUUUUCUUGGUGUUACUCUCCAUCGUGUUGGCUAUAGUGGAUCCAGUCAAUAUAUUUACUACUUGGUUCGUAGACGUACAAGAAGGCAAAUUCGUUUACAACAUGUGGGAGAAUCCGACAUAUGAAGUAUUUUCAGAGGUGUAUAUCCUCAACUAUACUAAUACUGAAGAGUUCCUGCGAGGUGAUAGCAAACAGCUGGAGUUGGAAGAAAUAGGACCAUUUAAAUUUAAAGAAAUGAGAACUAAUGAAAAUAUGAAGAUCGAUAAAGAGCGCGGGGUUAUGACCAUGAACCCUAAAGUUAGGCUCGAGUUUCUCCCCGAAGAGUCAAUUGCACAUUAUAAAGAUGUGAAGGUCACUGUGCCUAGUAUUGCCCUUAUUGCAAUCAGCACCCUUCUAGCCGACAACAUGGGGUAUUUUGCUAAUGUUGGAGCGUAUUACUCCAUAUCCGCGCUGGGGUCUAAACUUUUUAUGAAUAUGACAGCAGAAGAACUUCUAUGGGGUUACGAUGACCCUCUGGUUACAUUGGCUAGCAAACUCCUACCCGGAUGGAUCGAUUUUGGAAAAAUCGGCAUUAUGGAUAGAUUCUACGCACAAAGAGAGGAAGAAGUGGAAGUAGAAUUGAGGAACAUAUCGAGAAGAUUCUCCAUCAAUACUUGGAACAAAUCACCGGGACUCGUGGAACAAGGCUACCAAACUUGGAAUACCAGUAACUUGUGUAACCGAGUCGCGGGGACCUAUGAGGGGUUGAUGAUGCCAUCGAAUUUAAAUAAAGAUUUGGAAAUACCGGUGUUCAGGAAACAAGCGUGUAGGGUCUACCCCUUCAAGUUCCAGCAAGAGAUGACUAGAGACGAAGGCUAUAAUUAUUAUCGAUACACUAUGGAGGACUCUGCAUUCAACAAGACGUCGCGGUACGCGUGUCCGUGCGAGAAUAACUGCUUGCCCGACGGUUUUGUUGACAUCAGUAGCUGUUACUAUGGUUUCCCUAUAGCAUUAUCAAAACCCCACUUUUUGGACACGGACCCGGAACAACAGGCAUAUUUCAAAGGAUUCAAACAAAACCCUGUGAAGCAUAUGUCUACGCUUGAUUUAGAACCAAAAAUCGGAGCGCCAGUGGCCGUCAAAAUAAACAUUCAAGUCAAUAUAGCAGUACGAAUGUCCUCUGGAAAUCCCAUCACACGGCCUAUCAAAGAUAAGGUCAUGCCCAUACUGUGGUUGUCAUUGUACUGUAAACAACCACCACCAGAAGUCACAAAGCUGCUUUUCCUUCGUUUAGUCAUCGCACCCCCAUUGAUGAUAACCCUUGAAGUUGUCCUUUUUGUCAUUGGGUUAGGUUUGGGGGUUCAAGGGUUCCAUCGUAUUUGGAAACCAAAGUACAAGCUUGUGCCAUCAAAAGAAGAACCUACGCGAAAGAAGAGCGUAGAAAGAAGGAAAUCCAGCGUAAUAAUAAAUGCGGCGGAUAAUUCCGGUUAUAUUGAUGAUCAAGAAUUAGCUAAAGAAGCGGUUGCUUUACUCGCUAUCACGGAAGAGGAUACGGAAAUGCCUGAUUUAUUAAUGAGU